AUGAGUGAUCUACUCUCCAGGCUCAACAUCAGCAACUUCGAUGUUGCAACAUAUAUGAACAAGAAUGCCGACAACAUAUCUUAUUUGCCAAAUAUCGCCAUUGCAGCUUCUGGUGGUGGCUAUAGGGCAAUGCUCAAUGGCGCUGGUGCAGUGGCUGCCUUUGACUCCCGGACAGAGAACUCAACUGGGCCAGGUCAGCUUGGUGGCCUCUUGCAGUCUGCAACCUACUUCUCGGGACUAAGCGGAGGCUCCUGGCUUGUGGGCUCGAUCUAUAUUAAUAAUUUCACUAGCAUUCAGGCGAUACUAGGUGACAGUACAAGCGGCUUAUGGAAUUUGGAGGACUCUAUCCUUCAAGGUCCUGCAACGGUUUCGAACUACUACAGGCAACUUAUUGACACAGUAAGCGGAAAGACUAAUGCUGGGUUCAAUGAUUCAAUUACCGACUACUGGGGUCGAGCAUUAUCAUAUCAGUUCAUUAAUGCUACAGAUGGAGGGCCAGCAUACACUUGGUCUUCGAUAGCCCUGCAGCCGGAAUUUAUAGAUGGAAAAAUGCCGAUGCCCAUCGUCAUUGCGGAUGAACGUGCACCAGGCCAGCUUGCAAUAGCCCCAAAUACUACAAUUUUUGAGUUUAAUCCCUGGGAAGUUGGGACCUUCGAUCCUACUACUUACGGAUUUGUUCCAUUGAAGUACCUUGGGUCGAACUUCUCUGCUGGUACACUUCCUCAGGAUGAGGAAUGUGUUCGUGGAUUCGACAAUGCUGGAUUUAUGAUGGGGACAUCAUCUUCAUUGUUCAACCAGGCUUUUCUGCUAAUCAAUGGUACGAGCGAAGCUAAUAUCUUGACAAAUGCUUUGACGGCGAUCCUUGAGGAAAUUGGGAAUGACAACAACGACAUCUCAUUAUACGGGCCCAACCCAUUUUACUUCUACCGGAACGAAACCAAUGCUAAUGCACAAUCACCAACACUUUUUUUGGUAGAUGGUGGCGAAGAUCUCCAGAAUGUACCCUUUCAUCCGCUUAUCCAGCCAGCAAGGUCCGUUGACGUAAUAUUCGCCAUUGACAGUUCAGCAGACACCCAAACCUUCUGGCCAAAUGGGACAAGUAUGGUUGCGACUUACCGUCGCAGUCUCAACCUUACAGGCAUUGCAAAUGGGACUGUCUUCCCCUCAGUUCCCGAUCAGAACACAUUUGUCAACCUCGGUUUGAAUGCACGACCGACCUUCUUUGGUUGUGAUUCGAGCAAUAUGACAGGACCCAGUCCUCUAAUCGUCUAUAUUCCAAACUUUCCGUAUUCUUAUCAAUCAAAUGUCUCGACAUUUGAUCUACAAUUCAACGACACAGAACGAAACGCUAUUAUUCAAAAUGGCUAUAAUGUGGUAACCAUGGCAAAUGGUACAAUCGAUAUGGAUUGGCCAGCCUGUGUAGGCUGUUCAAUCCUUAGCAGAAGUCUCGAGAGAACAGGUACGGAUGUUCCAGUGGUAUGUCAGCAUUGCUUUACUAGGUAUUGCUGGAACGGUACCAUCAACAGCACAUCACCUCUGCUGUACAGCCCCGAGGCUGUCCUAACAGCCAAUGCAGAGAGUGGGGCAACAAAGCUGUUCGCAAGGUUAACUACACUGACUUUCUUGAGUGCAUUCAUGAUCGGACUCAGCGCCAUUUUUUAA